AUGGUAGCCGCCGCAUCAGCCAACGUCGCGAACCUGACAUCAACGUCGGUGUUUUCGAAUCGGCCACUCUCUUUCUUCAUGUUAAGCGGAAUCAGAAACUCCUUCGCGUUACCUAUGAGGACAUGUCUGAAGCCAAUCACACCUCUCCGAAUCGCGUCUUGGCCACCACACGGUCGUUCUGUUAGAGCCAUGUCUACUUCGUCUUCUUCUCCAUCAUCUUCCUCCGGAUCGACACUGGAGGAGAGCGUUAAAACGACGGUGGCGGAAAAUCCUGUCGUCGUCUACUCCAAAUCCUGGUGCUCAUACUCGUCUCAAGUGAAGACGUUGUUCGGGAAGCUUCAAGUUAAGCCGCUGGUUAUUGAAUUGGAUGAGCUUGGCUCGGAGGGGUCGCAGCUGCAGAAUGUGUUGGAGAAACUUACUGGACAAUACACUGUUCCCAAUGUUUUCAUCGGAGGAAAGCACAUUGGUGGCUGCUCAGAUACAUUGCAGCUGUAUAAUAAAGGAGAGCUGGAGCCAUUGAUAUCUGAAGCAACUGGAAAAACCGGUCAGGCCUAA